GCUUCGUCAAAGCAGUCCGUAGCUCAAUGCUGCCACCAUGUGUUGGGUUUAAUUGAAGGUUCAAACACAUGGUUGGCAACAAUCGAUAAUAUUUGUAAGGAAGUUAACAUUGGUGUAGAGGAGGGUGGGGAGUUGUGUGCGGCGUUGGAAGCGUUGGUGGGGAAAGUGGUUUAUAAAGGAACCGCAUCGUGCAUUAAGGAUCUUCUUCCUGACGACUUUCAUCCCAACCUCCGUGAUCUUCUAACUAAAGUCAUCUCUUCCAACCUGGAUGAAUGGAAGACGAGGAUGCUGCAAUAUCAAGUGAGUUUUCCAAAGUUGCUCAACUUUGAUUGGAGACUUGAAAAAGACAAUCCCUCAAGAGCCCCAUCGUGUGUUGUUAACUUUGAAACAUCAGAUAAAACAAUGGAAGUGGAUAUGAGUCGGGAAACAUUGGACACAAUGUUGGGUUCACUAUCUAAAAUAAGGGACCAGAUUUCGUCUAUAGCUAAAUAACUAUCUUGUUUCUAUCCAACAGCAAGGCAUGCCAUGGGACCUGAGAUUUAGGCCAGAAUUUUACCAAAAUUUAGUAUUUGCUUCUAUAGCUAAAUAACCAUGUUGUUUCUGUUCUACACCAUAGGACCUGAGAUUUAAGCCACAAUUUACCAAAGUUUAGUUUUCUUAAUUAACUGUUUCUGGCUUGAAAAAUGUAAUUAUCUAAAAGCAUUCUUGAUUCUUCUAUCAAAUUGAUAUGAGUAUAAAUUUUGACGUUUUUUAGUAAAAACUUUUCAUUUGUUCUUUUAAUUUUCAUUUGUGCAAUAAAUACUUUUGUUGAUGUAA